AGAUAUCAAAUUCACCCAAGGAACCUUGUCUGCCUAUGUCCUUAGACCAACACGGCUACAACCCAAACCCCUGAUCCUUUGGCCUUUUAUUAGCAAUGUAUAUUUCAUAAAGAAUAUUUAUGUUCUAUAAUAGCAAUUCCCUGUUUUUAGAUACUAGUUAUAAUAAGAGACUACUCUUUGGGAUUUGCUCCAUUAACUAAGGUUCUGAUUGAUACAACCAGACAUGACUUCCUGUGAGAGGCAAGUUUUGCUGUUUUCCCUCACAAAAGUAUCCUGUUGAAUAUAAACUUUGUUAACCCUACAGAAGUCUUUCUAAACAUCAUAAUGAUAUUCCAUAGAAAAGUUGUGUUCCUGAUGUGCAGUUCUGAAGGGUAGGUUUUAAGUUCUUUACUAAUCACACUGUCACUUUCUGCCCUAAAGUACCAGCACAGAAGUAAAUGAACACUCAGUUCAAAAAAGUCCAGCUAUUCCUUGCAUGAAAGUAUGGCUCCUGGAUUGGUUCUUUUAUUUGUGUUUGUUUCCCAAACUUUGCAACCUUUGUCACAGAUAAGAAUAAACACAGUGAAGUCAUAUAUAGCAUUCCUAGCAAACUUUGACUGUGCUUUGUUACUGAAAUGUGUUUGUGUUUUCUUGUUUUGUUCACAAGGAAUUGUAAAACUACAUUCUUGAGACUUUAGGAUAUUUUUCUGAGGAGAAUAUCAGUAUUCAACUUCUUAUGUCCCAUUUUGAAAAGAGACUUCAGUUGUAAGUAUUUGAGGGUAUGUCUAGCUGGCACAAUGUGCUGUCUUGUAGAGGUACCUGUCACAGUACCUGUAGAAUUAGAAUGAUACAAUUUCAUGUGCUUGGUUUUCUGUGUGGGCCUCUUUAAGAGUAGUGUAGCCUCUGGUUAUCCUGGUUUCAGAUACCUCUUCAUGGUGUAGUACUAUAUUGAAAUGCUGUAUUAGGGCAGCAUUUCUCAACCCAUGGGUCGCAAUCCAAAAGUGGGUAACAAGAAUAUAUGACAGGGUUGCAAACAAACUUUAAAAAUGGAUCAACGAACUUGAAAAAUGGAUUCUCCUUUAAAGGAAAAAAAAUGUGGGAAACCAUGGCUUUUCUCUUGCAGGCUGGCAGAGUUCCAGGCUAUGAGGGGCUGCUUGCCCCCUCUCUCCCACACACACUGGGGGGCUUGGACCUGGGGUGGGGGGUGGCAUUUGGUCGGGACUGGCCAUCAAUGUUUACAAAUGGGUCCUGGUACAAAAAAAUUUGAGAACCCUAAACAACUGGAUUAGGGAUAGACAACCUUUUCCAGCUGUGGGUGGGAAUGAUCCCCUCCAAGGUCAGAGGUAGGUAAGUGGCUAAGUGCUCGGACCGUGCCACCACUGCCUUCCUGAGAACAAAGAUAGAUUUUAUAAAUAUGCAUUUUAAACAGCAGUGAAUCCAUCAAUAAAAUUAGUUAAAAGAAGGCAAAGAUUAUCUGUUUUUAAAUUAUUCAGUGAAGACUCCUGAUUAAAUCAAAUUGACCAAAUCCAUUCUUAUCUAAUUUUAGUACAACCCAAGAUCUUUUACUUCCUUUCUUCCUUUUACGAGCAUUAUGAACAGAGGAAAUGAAAGUACUGUGCCUGAAUUCUUCCUGCUAGGAUUCUCCAACCUGAAAAAGCUCCAGCUGCUACUUUUCCCUAUUUUCUUUCUUGCAUAUAUUGUAAUCCUUAUCUCAAACAUCAGCAUCAUGACAGCUAUCACAGUGACUUGGAGCCUCCACACCCCCAUGUACUUCUUCCUCUUUGCUCUAUCCUUCUCAGAACUCUGUAGCACCUUUGUCAUCAUCCCAAAAACAGUGGUGAAUCUGCUGGUGGAAAAGAAGACUAUUUCUGUCAUUGGAUGUGCAACACAAAUGUUUGGCGGGUUUGGUUUUGGAGCAAUUAAUUGUUUCUUGCUGACAGUCAUGGCUUACGACCGCUAUGUGGCCAUAUGUCACCCACUGCAGUACUCAGCCAUGAUGAACAGGAAGGUUUGCAUUCAGCUGGUUACUAUUUCCUGUGUAACUGGCUUCCUCAUAUCACUAACCAUUAAUUCUUUAGUAUUCAGUUUGCCCCUUUGUGGGCCAAGGACAAUUAGACAUUUCUUCUGUGAUGUUAAACCAGUUCUGAGGCUGGCAUGUGGUGCCAUAUACCUUGCUGAGAUUGUGGUUGUUUCUUUAUGCGCUUUUGUUAUAGUGGGAACAUUCACAGUGAUAAUCAUUUCCUACAUCUACAUCCUCUCUGCCAUCCUUAAGAUCCACUCUGUAGCAGGAAGGUGCAAAACUUUCUCCACAUGUGCCUCCCACCUCACAGUGGUGGUAACACAUUAUGGUUGUGCAUCUUUUGUGUAUUUAAGACCUAAGUCAUCCUCCUCCCUCAAUGAAGACACUCUGAUCUCUGUGGGUUAUCUCCUGCUGACCCCUUGUUUGAACCCCAUGAUUUAUAGCCUGAGGAAUAAGGAAGUAAAAUUUGCUCUAAAGAAAUUAGUGCUCAAUUCAUUGUGUUUUUUUAAAAAAAGGUGAAGGGUGGCCAUCUGUGAAAUUUUCUGUAAAUUCUUGAGCUCUGAUUAAUAUUAAAAAUGAAUAGGCUGGCAGCAUCACUCAUCAGCAGGGAUCCUGGUUUUCCGUUUCCCACAGAAAAACAGAGAAAACACGGAUUUUCCCUUUUAGAAGAGAAACCCAUGGAUUUCCCCCUUUUGCAAAGAGCUCUGCAGGAUGGCUGAGUUCCAGCCUCCAGGAGCUGUUCACAAAAGGGGCGGGGAACCCCUCAACCCUGUCCCGGAGGGGAAGGGAGUGGGGAAAGGCAGGGCCCAACA